AAACAAAACAAGUUGAACAGCACGUGUAUACGCAAGUAGUGCUGUCCUAUAAGAAUAGAACGGUAUUUUGUAACUUAUAACAGAUACGUAUGGUUUACGUUUUAUAUUGAAUAUUCUGUUACGAUAAAAAUGGAAACAAGUGAAAGUGAGGAUAACAUGGACAUGCUCCAAUCGCCCCCAAGAUUGGGACUGUGUGAAGUCUGCAAUGCCAUCCAAGCGAAAUACACCUGCCCUAAGUGUGAGGUGAAAUCCUGUUGCGUGAAGUGCAUCAAUAUUCACAAGAGGGAACUAGGUUGCGAUGGGAUUCGGGAUCGAACUAAAUAUAUUCCGAUGAAAAAAAUGUCAAAAAUGGAUAUGAUGAACGACUAUUACUUUUUGGAAGAAUGUACCCGUUAUGUCGACGAGAGGAAGCGGGAUAAGAUCAAGCGGAUCACGAGGUACAACAAAAAUUUGCCACCGUCACUGUUUCGAUUGCGCUGUGCCGCGCGGGAUCGUGGUACGAAACUGCGGUUUCUGCUGCAAAAUUUCUCCAAACACCAACGCAACACGAGCCAGCUGAAUUUCAAAACAUUAGUCAUCCACUGGCGAUUGGAGUGGUGCUUCCCGAAUGCGGAAGGAUUGGUCUUCGUGGACGAACGAUGUGAUGAGAACGAGAAGUUGUACGUUUUGUUGAACAAAUAUCUGGAUGCCACGUGUGGGGGAGACAUUCCCGGGAAGAACAAGCUCGAAUACUAUCAAUCACGUGGGUUGAAUCAAAUACGGGUUCUAUUGAAGGCAGAAGAUGUGAAGCGCUGCAAGAAUCGCUUCUUUGAACUGCAACCAAAAAUGUCUUUGAAGGAGAACUUGAAAGGGAAAACUAUUGUAGAAUAUCCCACAAUAUAUGUUAUCUUCAAGGAGUCUUGCGAUGGGUUUGAUGUGAUAGAAUCAGAUGAGGAUGUAGAGGCGGAAGCGAAACUGUACAGGAAAUACCUGGAUGAUCAAUAUGGGUAUCAUGGUGCACGAACCAAGAAGGAAGAACCAGAGGGACGGGAAAGAAAUCUUCAACUGUUGGAAGGAAUCGAUAAGCUGACAAUCGCAAAGAAGCGAGAGGAGCGUAAGAAGAGAAAAGAACUGUCGGAGGUCGAACCGGCUAAUUUGCUGUUCAGCGACGAAAGUUUGUGGAAUCAGUACUCGUCCGACUCAGGUGGUCAAGAGACAGAAGAGGAAAUGGAUACUGUGAAUGAGGAAUCGUUUUCUCCCAAACGAAUAAAAACAAAUACGUGUUAGGAGUGUGUAUGCAUCGUGAUAGAAGUUUUAAUAGAAUAUACAAAGUUUUAUGAUGAACUUGAUAAAUUGUAUACAAUACAAUGUAUUUGAAAUCAAAUAGAUAAUGAAUUCAAAUAUAA